AUGGACCACCUACUCAAGUCGACAUCAAAGCUCCAGGUCAUCGACCUCGAUGCGAAUGGACAAGACACUGCCAGCAUCCUGCGCGCUAUCCGGGGAGGCCAAAGCCAAAGGCCACCCGUACUGGGACACCAUGCGCCAUCCGUUGCAUCUUUGGAAUCAUUGGCGCCCCUAAAUUUCAGCCGUCUACGGCGAGAGCAUCGCCACACUGGACAUAUACUGUCUGUGACUGUGACUGCAGUCGAGAGGCGAUUCGGGUCUAUGAUCACGGCUAUAGACGAUACAUCCACAUCAGGAACAGUCUGGUCCAUUUUAUGUCGGCCGUGUGGGCGCGAGAUCACGGUGGGCAUGAAAUUGGCGAUCAAGGAACCCUACUUUGGAAGUGGACCCAGUGGCGGCAUGCUGGUUUGCGUGCAUCAUCCCAGCGACUGUGUGUUCCUUGGGGAUGGAAAGGACGAAGUGCAGAAAGGACCGACAAUCCAAGUCAACAACGACACAAUGAAUCUCGAACCAAGAUGUCGCGCCAACAAUAUCGAAGUGCGGCCUAGCAGUCUUGGUGGACGGGGUAUGUUUGCCGUGAAGGACCUCAAAAUGGGCGACACAGUACUCUACGAGCAAGCUUUAGCUAUGUUCGACAGUACGGACGCGACGCCGUAUGGACCGGGUCUCGAUGGUCUCCUUCCCGGCACUUCGACCAACGGCAGAAAGCUGGCACUUCUACAGCAGCUCGUGGACAAGCUUCAUGCAAAGUCUCCUCAGCGCCUCAAGUUCUUCAGCCUCCAUGCAGGCAUGGUCAACAAAGGCGAAUUCGGGGUUGAUUCCAGCGAAGUGUUCAAUACCUAUACUGCACUCUCCAUAAUCAGACAUAACUGUCAUACGAUAUUCCCUGGCAAUGCGUCGGCUCACCACGACCCAUCCAAUUCACUGAAUACGGCCCCAAAACUUACGCCCGAGGAUCAGCGGCCGGGCAUUUGGCUGCAUGCGUCUAUGUUCAAUCACUGCUGUUUACCUAAUGCCAGCUGGUCUUGGAUUGGAGACUUGUUUGUGGUACGAGCCAAUCGCGAUGUUGCAGCCGGAGAGGAAAUCACUGUCGCAUACGUGCCUUGCUCGUAUGACUUUGCGACCAGACAGAAAAGUCUCAAAUCUGCCAAUGACUUUGAAUGCGCAUGUGCCCUUUGCACAGUCGAGAAUGGGUUGGUCAGGCCGUCAGGAGGCAGUGAAGCGCUUCAUAACGCGCGCCGUCUCCUACUAACGUAUUCCCGAAAAGAUUUCCUGGGCAAGCCACACUCGGUCCGCCCCGAGGAACUCGUCCGGAGAGCCAUCACCUGCUAUACCUAUUCUACUAAGUAUGAUGGAUUGCCCUACGUCCAGCUCGCCGAGCCCUUCUACCAACUCGCUCACGUCCUUCUCGGACCCGUCGAGAAAUGGCCGAAUGCAAAGAGCCAGGUCAAGGUCAAGGCCAAGGAAUGUCUCCUCGCUUGUUUGCAAGUUGCUCUCGGCUACAAGCUCGUCAUCAACCCGAAGACUGCAUACUGCGAAUUACUACCCUCGCAAUACGCACAGCCUAGACCUGUCGGUGUUCUGGCGCUGAUGGCACUCUCAGAGCUAGCUCUUCUGGAAGACCAUAUAAGCUUGCACUCGCAUUCGCUGAAGGUCUGCGCGAAGAAGCUGUAUGGAAUUUGGUAUGGAGAAGAUGCUAGUUUCAAGAAACAGCAUUUGUAUUACCAAUGCUCGAAAGAGAAUAAGUUGCUGGAGAAGGAAGUCCAGCUGCAGGCUCCAAGUGGUAAGGAUUGGGAGGAUUUGAGGGAGAGGAAGAAGACAGAGAAGACUGAGAUUCCGAGCUGGCUGGUGUAG